UCGAUACGUCGUAGUAAUCUAUACUCGGAGAAAUUUUAACCGAACGUCAGCGCAACCGGUAUUAGUAAAGCGACAUGAGUUUCUUUGACUCCGACGAUAUGUCUAUCAACCUAGCGUCAAUAUAUAUGAAGCUCGUCGGAUUAUGGAUGUUCGCGAAUGGAGCCGAGCAACGCAUCAGGAAUAUCACGCUCAUUUACACCCUGCUUAUGUUGAUAAUCGCUGUCGUCGUGCUGGUGCAGGAUAUGUGCUAUUCAUGUGGCGAUUUCAGUGACUGCAUAUUCCUGGCUUGCACUGUCUUGUCUACGAUAGUACCAUUUAUCAAGAUAAUUGUCUUGUUCAUGCAUAGAGAAGAUUUCUUUCACUUGAUUUUGUACCUGGAACGAAUCUUCUUGCACGCGGAUUACGACGAUUAUGAGAAGAAAAUUGUAUUUAAUUGCAAACGACAGUGCACCGUUUUCAUUUGCCUCUUCACGCUUCUCGCUCAAUUGUGCGUAUUUUGUUAUAUCAUCAGACCAAUUAUCGCUAAUAUUAGUAGAAAUGAGACAGAGAAUAGAGUACUUCCAUUUAAUAUAUGGCUCGACUUACCGUUGACAGUGACACCGUAUUAUGAAAUAAUAUUUUGCAUUCAGACUUUGUCGGUGUUCCACGUCGGUAUAACUUUUUUUUGCUUCGACAACUGUCUGUGCAUUAUGAAUCUGCACGCAGCUAGCCAAUUCCGUAUACUUCAACACAGAUUAACCAGUAUGCCCGAUUUGAAAGAUGAGGGAAAACAGCGAACUGAAAAAUCGAGUUCCUCUAGUUACUCGGAUAAGUGUUACAUCCUAAUUAAAAAAUACGUGGGGCAACACCAAGCGCUUUUAGCAUAUUGCGAUAAAAUCGAAAAGGUGUUCACUGAAAUUAUCUUGGCUGAGCUGUUAACGUUCAGUCUGUUCAUCUGCCUCGACGGCUAUCAAGUACUAAUGCCCGACGCAAGUUUGACCACGCGUUUGAUCUUUAGCUUUCAUUUGACCUACUGCUUGUCCCAGCUGUUGAUGCUCACUUACAGCUGCGAUGGCAUAAUUCAAGAGAGCACGAACGUGCGUAGUGCACUGUACAACGGACCUUGGGUGGAUUUACCAGCCAGGACGAGCGGAAUGCAAUUUCGGAAGGACUUACUAUUUUUCAUUAUGAGAUCUAGCGUGGCCUCUUGUCUAACAGCUAAAGGAUUCGUCAUUGUGUCUCUCGAAACCUACACUAAGACCAUCGGCCUGUGGACAGCGAAAGAUCUCGCUGAAGAACGACUAAGGAAAGUUGUGACUGCUGGAACCCUGACCUGUACGAUUAUCUCAAUAAUCAUUGGAGGCAGAGACAUUUAUUUCACGUACAUUUACAAACCUACUGAUCUACCUUAUGUAGUCUCUAAUACUCUAACUCUCGUAAUGGCUAUGAUCAAAGUGUACAUAAUACUGAUGAAGAAAGUGAAAUUCUUAAAAAUGCUUACAUACGUGAAAGAGAAUUUCCUGAACGCUGAAUAUGAUAGUCACGAGGCGAAAAUUCUAAUUCACUGUAGAAAAGUUUGUGGUUUUUUCAUUUUCUGCGUCAGCCUAUUUGCAGUAUUCGUUUUUAUGGGAUACACGGUUACUCCAUUUAUUGUGAACGAUAAUACCACAGAAUGGAAGCUACCAUUUAAUUGUUGGGUGGAACUAACACCUACCACCUAUUACAUGCUGUUCGCUUCACAGGUAAUGAAUCUGUACGUAGUAGGAGUAUGCUAUUUCUGCUUCGAUAACAUUCUCUGCAUUAUGGCCAUAUACUUAUCUGGCCAGUUUCGCAUACUGCAAUACAGACUCGAAGUGUUGUGCGAUGCGAAACGCUACGUAAAUGAAGAAGAUCCGAAAGCAACAUGGUUAACGCACGUUGAAAACACUUAUGCAAAACUUAAAGAGUGCAUUGGACAACAUCAAGCACUGAUCAGCUUUUGCAAAAGACUAGAAGACGUCUACACGAUGAUCAUUCUCCUUCAAGUGCUGAUGUUCAGUCUCCUAAUUUGCCUGUUCGGCUAUCAGAUAUUUUUGGCUGAAACUGUUUCCGCAAGAAGAUCAAUUUUCAUUUUCCUCCUGGUCGGCUCGUUGUUCUUGUUGUUUAUGUUCACAUACAGUUGCGACUCUGUAAUACAGCGAAGUGGUGACGUAGCUAUAGGCGCGUAUUCAGCAAUGUGGACGAAUAUGCCAAUGAAUAGACCUGGGAAGAUGAUUAGAACUGAUUUGAUCAUGAUUAUUAACAGAUCGAGACGUGCUUGUUGUCUGACUGCGAACGGAUUUUUUCCUGUAUCAUUAGAAACGUAUACCUCGGUAAUAUAUCAUUUCUUCAUACUUUUAAACGAUUUUAAGUACGGCAAUGUCGUACUUCACGUUGAUGAAAAACAACGUAGAUUAAUAUUAAAUGUACGACGCGGAGUAGCUCGUUAUGAUUACUUCGACAAGUCGUUCUCCACCAUGAAGAACAGAGACAUCUCGGUAACCUGGACGAGCUACCUAAUGAAAGCCUGUGGUAUGUGGCUGGCGGCUGACAAAACCGAGGAACGAAACCGAAAAAUGGCAUUCAUGAUGGCCGGACAGAUGUUCUUCUUCGCUGGGUGCCUCGGAAUCAGGGAUCUUUACUUCAGAAGAGACAACUUCGACGAAAGCAUCUAUGUAGCUUGCAAUUUAUCAUACGUGUUUAUCGUCGUGUUCAAAAUCGGUGUUAUAUACCUGCAUAAAGGAAAGGUCCACGAUAUAAUUAAAUUGACGCAGAAGACUUUCUGGGACGUGAAUUAUACGGGCAAGGCGAAAUUAAUUUUCGAAGAUUGCAAGAAAAUAUGCGCGGCUCUCGUUAUCAGCCUCAACAUGUCGAUAAACGGAACUUGCAUGGGUUACAUGGUAACGCCACUUAUGGUGAACUACGGGAAAAAUAAAUCAGAGAGAGUGUUACCGUUUAAUGUAUGGAUCGAUUUGCCUAUAAUAACCGUGUCACCUUAUUACGAAACGAUCACUGCGAUACAGAUGAUUAGCGUCUAUUACGUCGGUAUAUGUUACGUGUGUUUCGACAGUAUUUUGUGCAUUAUGAGCCUCCACGCAGCUGCACAAUUUCGUAUACUACGAUACGAAUUGAUGGACUUAACGUCCGAGACCUUGUCUGACGUAGACAAAGAGUCGUGGAAAUAUGUGAACGAAGUUAACAUGAAAUUAAAAUAUUAUAUACGAAAGCAUCAGAUGCUCAUAGCGUAUUGCGCGGAAUUGGAGAAUGUAUUUACACUUGUGAUAGGUGGCCAGGUGGUGUAUCUCGCUCUUGAACUAUGCAUGCUCGGAUAUCAGCUGGUCCUGAUGGAUACUCCAGCCUCGAGGAAUGUCACUUUGGCAAUGAACACAUUUGCCGCUCUCUGCCAGCUUUACAUGCUCACUUACAGUUGCGACUGUUUGAUAAGACAGAGCAACGGUGUAGGCGACGCAAUGUAUAUGAGCGGUUGGUCACCCCUGCCAAUGAACGACGUCGGGAGGGAUGUACGACGAAGCGCGGUAAUGAUCAUCUUGAGAGCUAGCAAGCCUUGUUUCUUAACGGCCAGCGGAUUCUUUCCUGUUUCCCUCGAAACUUACACGAAGGUUCUCAGUACGGCAAUGUCGUAUUUCACUCUGUUGAGAGAAUCGACCGAGGAAAAUGCAUAACAACUAUUUCUCGCUAGUACAUAUUAAUCCAUAUUCAUGUUAUGUAAAAAUAAAACAUAAUUUACUCAA